AUUGUGGCUGCCGUAAAAGAUCAAGGGGAAGUGACGAAGAAGAAAGAGGAAGCGAAUGCUGGAAGCGAGGGUAGAGGCCACGAUCUGCUUCUGCGAUUUCACACACGAAAGAAAUAGCUUACAUAAGUGUCGAAAGUGUGAGUUAAUCACAUUUUAGUGGAAUCCACCGAGCGGGAGGCACCAAGAAGAGUAUCAUCAGCGGAGGCUGUCCGUGAUACUUGGCCUUUGUCUCACAAUUUCAUCAAUUCUAAACGGAUCAUCAUCAUGGCUGAUGACUUUGACGUUGAGGCCAUGCUGGAGGCUCCAUACAGAAAGGAUGAGGUCAAGUCUUCUCAUGCAAAUGGACAUGAUGGCCAGAACAGGAAGAAAAGGCGGAGCAAAAGUCGAAGUCCUGGCUCCAAGAAGAGAAGGAGUCGGAGCCGAAGCAAAGACCGAAAGAAGGCCAAGAAGAGGAGCAGGAGCCGCGAAAGGAAGCGCAGUCGCAGCAGGGAGCGCCAUCGCAGCCGCUCCCGAAGCCGGGAGCGCGCCGGGCGGUACAAAGCUCGCAAGAGUCCAAUACGUAAGCGUUCUAAAAGUCGCAGUCCUGUCAAAAAAGAGAAAAGUCCCAUCAGGCAACCAAUUGACAAUCUAACACCAGAGGAGCGGGACGCCCGCACCGUCUUCUGCAUGCAACUGGCUGCAAGGAUCCGAGCUCGAGACCUUGAGGAUUUUUUUUCAGCUGUCGGAAAAGUAAGAGACGUGAGAAUGAUAUCAGACCGGAAUUCCCGGAGAUCGAAGGGGAUCGCCUACAUCGAGUUUGUGGAGUCGUCUUCUGUCCCCCUCGCCAUCGGCCUGACCGGCCAGCGGCUUUUAGGCGUGCCCAUCAUCGUGCAAGCUUCGCAGGCGGAGAAAAAUCGAGCUGCUGCAGCUGCAAAUAAUCUCCAGAAGGGAAGUUCGGGUCCGAUGCGGCUCUACGUGGGUUCCCUGCACUUCAAUAUUACUGAGGAAAUGCUUCGUGGGAUCUUUGAGCCUUUUGGAAAGAUUGAAGGAAUUCAGCUUAUGAUGGACAGUGAAACUGGACGCUCCAAAGGAUACGGAUUUAUAUCGUUUGCAGAUGCAGAGUGUGCAAAAAAGGCCUUGGAGCAGCUGAAUGGGUUCGAGCUGGCCGGCCGACCAAUGAAAGUGGGACACGUCACCGAGCGCUCGGACGCAUCAACAGCAAGCUCAUUCCUGGACAACGAUGAGCUAGAAAGGACCGGCAUCGACCUUGGCACCACAGGUCGCUUGCAGCUAAUGGCGAGACUCGCUGAAGGAACUGGUCUGAAGAUUCCCCCUGCAGCUCAGCAGGCCCUACAGAUGACUGGUUCUAUUCCCUAUGGGAACAUAGCCACACCACCAGCUGUUCCAACCCCUGCACCGAGCCAGGCUUUGAACCUUCCAUCGCAGCCGCUGGCUACUCACUGCCUUCAGCUGUCCAACCUCUUCAACCCACAAGCGGAAAACGAUCCCAGCUGGGCCAAUGAAAUCCAAGACGAUGUCAUCGAUGAGUGUAACAAGCACGGAGGAAUCGUUCAUAUUUAUGUUGAUAAGAACUCUGCUCAGGGUAACGUGUAUGUGAAGUGUCCCUCCAUACCAGCAGCAAUGGCCACUGUAAAUGCACUUCAUGGACGUUGGUUUGCAGGGAAAAUGAUCACAGCUGCCUAUGUUCCCUUACCAACCUACCACAACCUUUUCCCAGAUUCAGUAACAGCAAAGCAGCUGCUAAUGCCGACACGUCGAUAGUGUGACAUUUUCAAAGUCAGUGUACAUACAUUUCUUUGCAUUGAUUUCAAAUGUCAUUGAAAAAGGCUGCAUUGUAGUCAGUUGUUUCUGUGUAAACCCUUCAAAGUCGGGCAGUUUGAGUUUGCUUUAAGCUUUGUGGCUUUGUGCUGUGAACCACUGAAGAAAUAUGCAGGUGUCUGUUUUUAAAUAUUCCUAUCUGCUUGUUUGGAUCAUUACUUAGAUUGGGAAAGAGUAGCAGAAUUACAAGUGUUACUACGGAAUAUUGGGCCUUAAUUGCCAAAAUGUCUACAAUAAUCCUUUGUAACUUUUUACAGCCAUAAUUUCAUUUUUAGUAUGAAGGCUCCAAUAAACUUUAUUUGAAAAUU